UCCGAGCAGCCGCUCUCGGAAGCACUUCCCUGGAAUGAGUUCGGCCGAGGCCCCUUAGAGGAGCCGAGCGCCGCGGGGCAGCGGAGGACCCCGAGACCAGAAUGUCCGGCCGCCCCCCGGGAAGUCGGGGAGCCAAGCUUCCGGGGCCCGCUUCAUGCCGCCGACUGGCUUAGAGCCCGUCAGGAUGAACAGGAAGAAAGGGGACAAGGGCUUUGAAAGCCCCAGGCCUUAUAAAUUAACCCAUCAAGUGGUCUGCAUCAACAACGUAAACUUCCAGAGAAAGUCCGUUGUGGGAUUUGUGGAACUGACUAUUUUCCCCACAGUUGCAAACUUGAAUCGAAUCAAGUUGAACAGCAAACAGUGCAGAAUAUACCGAGUAAGGGUCAACGAUUUAGAGGCUGCCUUUAUUUACAAUGAUCCAACCUUGGAAGUUUGCCACAAUGAAUCGAAGCAGAGAAAUCUCAAUUAUUUUUCUAAUGCUUAUGCAGCUGCAGUUACUGCUGUGGAUCCUGAUGCAGGAAAUGGAGAACUUUGCAUUAAGGUUCCCUCAGAGCUUUGGAAACAUGUUGAUGAGUUAAAGGUCCUGAAGAUACACAUCAAUUUCUCAUUGGAUCAGCCUAAAGGAGGCCUUCAUUUUGUGGUACCCAGUGUAGAGGGAAGCAUGGCUGAGAGAGGCGCUCAUGUGUUCUCUUGUGGCUAUCAGAAUUCCACAAGAUUUUGGUUCCCAUGUGUUGAUUCCUACUCUGAAUUAUGUACGUGGAAGUUAGAAUUCACAGUAGAUGCUGCCAUGGUGGCCGUCUCCAAUGGGGACUUGGUGGAGACAGUGUAUACCCAUGAUAUGAGGAAGAAGACCUUCCAUUACAUGCUGACCAUUCCAACAGCGGCGUCAAAUAUCUCCUUGGCCAUUGGACCUUUUGAAAUACUUGUAGACCCAUACAUGCAUGAGGUGACUCAUUUUUGUUUACCCCAACUUCUUCCUUUACUUAAACAUACGACAUCAUACCUUCAUGAAGUCUUUGAGUUUUAUGAGGAAAUCCUGACAUGUCGAUACCCAUACUCCUGUUUUAAAAGUGUGUUCAUUGAUGAGGCUUACGUUGAAGUGGCUGCCUAUGCUUCUGUGAGCAUUUUUAGCACAAAUCUUUUACACAGUGCCAUGAUUAUAGAUGAGACUCCUUUGACUAGAAGGUGUCUGGCCCAGUCAUUGGCCCAGCAAUUCUUUGGAUGUUUCAUAUCCAGAAUGUCGUGGUCUGAUGAGUGGGUGCUGAAGGGAAUCUCAGGCUAUAUUUAUGGACUUUGGAUGAAAAAAACGUUUGGUGUUAAUGAGUACCGCCACUGGAUUAAAGAGGAACUAGACAAAAUCGUGGCAUAUGAAUUGAAGACUGGUGGAGUUUUAUUACAUCCCAUUUUUGGAGGAGGGAAAGAGAAAGAUAAUCCAGCGUCCCAUCUUCACUUUUCAAUAAAGCAUCCGCAUACACUCUCCUGGGAAUAUUACACUAUGUUCCAGUGUAAAGCUCACCUGGUGAUGAGAUUGAUUGAAAACAGGAUCAGUAUGGAAUUUAUGCUACAAGUCUUCAAUAAGCUGCUAAGUCUGGCCAGUACAGCUUCGUCUCAGAAGUUCCAGUCUCAGAUGUGGAGCCAGAUGCUGGUUUCCACAUCGGGGUUUCUGAAGUCCAUCUCCAAUGUCUCCGGCAAAGACAUCCAGCCUUUAAUAAAGCAGUGGGUAGACCAGAGUGGAGUGGUAAAAUUUUAUGGAAGUUUUGCAUUUAAUAGAAAACGAAAUGUCUUGGAAUUAGAAAUAAAACAAGAUUAUACAUCUCCGGGAACUCAGAAAUAUGUGGGACCACUUAAAGUGACAGUGCAAGAGUUAGAUGGAUCCUUCAACCACACACUGCAGAUUGAAGAAAACAGCCUUAAACAUGACAUACCCUGCCAUUCCAAAAGCAGAAGAAAUAAGAAGAAAAAAAUUCCACUGAUGAAUGGAGAAGAAGUUGACAUGGACCUUUCUGCAAUGGACGCUGACUCCCCGUUGCUGUGGAUCCGGAUCGACCCCGACAUGUCGGUCCUGAGGAAGGUGGAGUUUGAGCAGGCCGAUUUCAUGUGGCAGUACCAGCUGCGCUACGAGCGGGACGUCGUUGCGCAGCAGGAGUCCAUCCUGGCCUUGGAGAAGUUCCCCACGCCCGCCUCGCGCCUCGCACUCACGGACAUCUUAGACCAAGAGCAGUGUUUCUACCGCGUGAGAAUGUCAGCGUGCUUCUGCCUCGCAAAGAUCGCAAAUUCAAUGGUGAGCACAUGGACAGGACCACCCGCGAUGAAGUCGCUCUUCACUAGGAUGUUCUGUUGUAAAACUUGUCCAAACAUUGUGAAGACGAACAAUUUCAUGAGCUUUCAAAGUUACUUUCUACAGAAGACUAUGCCAGUUGCAAUGGCUUUGUUGAGAGAUGUUCAUAAUCUCUGUCCCAAAGAAGUCUUAACAUUUAUUUUAGACUUAAUCAAGUAUAAUGACAACAGGAAAAAUAAGUUUUCAGAUAACUAUUACCGUGCAGAAAUGAUUGAUGCCCUUGCCAACUCGGUUACACCCGCAGUCAGUGUGAAUAAUGAAGUUAGAACUUUGGAUAACUUGAAUCCUGAAGUACGGCUCAUUCUGGAAGAGAUCACCAGGUUUUUGAAUAUGGAAAAGCUGCUUCCAAGUUACCGACAUACCAUCACUGUCAGCUGUUUGCGAGCUAUAAGGGUGCUUCAGAAGAAUGGACAUGUGCCGAGUGACCCCACCCUUUUUAAAUCUUAUGCUGAGUAUGGCCAUUUUGUGGACAUUCGAAUAGCAGCUUUAGAAGCAGUUGUUGAUUACACCAAAGUGGACAGGAGUUAUGAAGAGCUACAAUGGCUACUGAAUAUGAUUCAGACUGAUCCUGUACCAUAUGUAAGGCAUAAGAUUCUGAACAUGUUGACUAAGAAUCCCCCCUUUACUAAGAACAUGGAGUCUCCUUUAUGCAAUGAAGCCCUGGUGGACCAGCUGUGGAAACUUAUGAAUUCUGGUACUUCACACGACUGGAGACUGCGCUGUGGCGCGGUGGACUUGUACUUCACUCUCUUCGGCCUCAGUAGACCUUCCUGCUUACCUUUGCCAGAGCUCGGGUUGGUUCUCAAUCUGAAAGAGAAAAAAGCUGUGUUGAAUCCCACCAUCAUUCCUGAGACCAUAGGCGGCAACCCCGAUGCUACGAGUAGCCCAGGCAGUCACCUCCAGCUAGUUGGAUUCCAGAAUCCUUUCUCAAAUUCUCAAGACGAGGAGGAAAUUGACAUGGAUACUGUUCAUGACAGCCAGGCCUUCAUUUCUCAUCACUUGAACAUGUUGGAAAGGCCGCCUCCUCCAGGACUCGCUAAGUUCCGGCCUGCCAGCUCCCGGUCGGCUUUGCGGCCUCAGCUCUCAUCAGGCUGCGAAGGCCUGCCCACCACCAAGCCCCCGUGGGCGAUGGAGCUUACGCGGAAAGGAGCAGGUACAACUCCUUGGAAAGAGCCGUCGCCUCUGGAGAUGAGCAUGCACCCGGCGGUGGCAGCGGCCGCCGCUCCACUCUCGGUGUUCAGCAAGGAGCCGGCCGCCUCCAAGCACAGCGAGCACCACCGGCACCACCACCACGAGCACAAGAAGAAGAAGAAGAAGCACAAGCACAAGCACAAGCACAAGCACAAGCACGACAGCAAGGAGAAGGACAAGGAGCCCUUCACCUACCACAGCCCGGCCAGCAGCAGGUCCGUCCGCUCCCCGUCCCUCUCCGACUGAGGCCGCCCCGGGAGAAGCCGUGAGAACAGAGUAGCCGCUUUGCCUCGGGGAGAAUGAAAAAAGGGCAGGGAUCUAUAAAAAGACAAAAAGACAAAAAGAAGGAGUUGCCUCAUGGAAAUUCAGACUCCAUUUAAAUUCUCAAUAUUGGAUUUGCAUUAUUGAUACAGUUGAGAUCUAGUUGGGAAAGAGUACUGUCUGUUUUGGUUCAACCAUUUUAGUCCCCUGUUCUCUCUCUGAAACACGCUCCCAAACUGCUCGUCAGAUGGUCAAAUGGCCAUUGGCCGACCCCCCCACCCCCCACCCCGUGCUUUGGUGCUGCAGCCACGGUUAGGUUGUGUGCAGAGCCACCUGCCAAACCCUGGGUGACGCAGCAGUGGGGCCUGGCGGACGCCGCUGGACAAGGCCGCAGGCCGGGGUACGGUGUGCGCGCCUCUCUGUUACACCGGGUUUUGUGGUGUCCAGCGCAGGAUGUAUGAAUACAAAUACAUUUUCUUUUGCCCUGAAAAUUCCAGAAGCAACUCUUUUGUUUAUUGUUUUAAUCUUGAAUGACUAUCUUUUAAUCAUACCAUUCAGUGACUGUGAUGUUGGCAUUUUACCAGAACUGUCAAAUCCACAAUUGUUCUCAGAUCAAGAUGUUGAAAUUAUGUAAGGUUCUUCGCUGUUUUUCUUGGUGAGGCAGCUUCCCCUCCCCCUCCAUUAAGUCUAAGGAGUAUGUUCAUCUGUAAAAUAGGUUCUGCCUGUAUGGACAAUUGAACAACAUUAACCCACCCACACAGUCUCGUUCUCAAAUGAUUUUUUAUAACACAGUUUGUUACUGUAAACAAGUGACUUUUCAUACUAUUUAUUCAUUUGGACAUAAGUUAUUUGGCCCUCAUAUGAGGAUAUACCAGAACCCUUUCAAAACAGCUAUGAAGUGUUUUCAUUUUAUACUUGAAUAGUUUGUAUAGUUGUGUGUUUUUAAUCUUCUCAGUUUAUUAUGCGCUUUAUUGUUUUAAAGUGUUUUCUUGACCGGUUCAAUUUUUUUUUUAUCAUUUCUCUUAUUAUAAAAUUUGACAAAAUACUUUGUUCCAGAAUAAUUAUUUCAAAAAGGAUCCAAUUAACAGUGGACUUUUUUUUAACAGUGGACUUUUAAAUAUACUUUUAGU